AUGGGGGGACUUUCAACAGGGGAAAAGAAUUUUAUAAACGGUGGGGUUGCACAAGACCUCCGUACUGAUGGCCGGAAACGCUUAACUUACCGGCCCAUUUACAUCACCACCGGUGUCAUCCCUCAGGCCAAUGGUUCUGCUAGAGUCAAGAUGGGUGCCACUGACGUUAUCGCCAGUGUGAAGGCUGAACUGGGGAGACCAACUGCAGCUUAUCCUGAUAAAGGGAAGGUCUCUAUUAACGUGGAUUGUAGUCCCACUGCUGAGCCAACAUUUGAGGGUAGAGGAGGCGAGGAGUUGUCCUCAGAACUGUCAAUGGCUCUACAGCGCUGUCUAUUGGGUGGAAAAAGCGGUGCAGGGGCUGGGAUUGACCGUUCAUCUCUUUCAAUUGUUGAGGGUAAAAUCUGUUGGGAUCUCUAUAUUGAAGGUCUUGUUGUUAGUUCGGAUGGAAAUCUUUUAGAUGCCCUGGGAGCUGCCAUUAAGGCUGCCUUGAGCAAUACAGCUCUUCCCAAAGUCCAAGUUGCCUCAGUUGCUGCGGAUGAGCAACCAGAAGUUGACCUAAGCAGCGAAGAAUUUUUACAAUUUGACACAAGUGGGGUCCCUGUAAUUAUUACCCUCACAAAGGUUGGUAAGCACUAUAUUGUGGAUGCGACUUCAGAAGAAGAAUCUCAGAUGAGCUCAGCUGUCUCUGUUUCCGUGAAUAGGCAAGGACAUAUAUGUGGAAUGACAAAACGAGGGGGUGCAGGCCUAGACCCUAGUGUCAUACUUGAUAUGGUAUCUGUUGCCAAGCAUUUAAGUGAGCAGUUAAUCAUUAAGUUGGAAUCUGAUAUUGCUGCAGCAGAAGCUUAUGAAGAAGAAGAAUAG